GUUGAGGGAAAGAUGGGUUAUGAAGAUUUUGUUUAUUUCAUACUGUCAGAAGAGGAUAAAUCAUCUGAGCUGAGUCUUGAGUAUUGGUUCAAGUGCAUUGAUUUGGAUGGAAAUGGAGUUUUGACACGAAAUGAACUGCAAUUUUUUUAUGAGGAGCAAUUGCAUCGAAUGGAGUGCAUGGCUCAAGAACCUGUGCUUUUUGAGGAUAUAUUGUGCCAGAUUAUUGACAUGAUUGGACCUGAGGUUUGUCUUUCAAUCUUUCUUCAAUUGAUUGUUUAAUCAUAUUUCAUUGUGUUGUCAGGGAGUCACAAUAGCUGAAAAUUGAUGCAAUCUAGUGAGCAGUUUAUAAAAUUGUGUUUUGUCCUGGAGAAAUGA